ACACUUCCGAAGAGGGUCAUAUAAGAAAAUUAGAAGAGUUUGCGGGGGAAGAUCAGAUUUACCCCGAAUUGGAAACGGGAGCGGGGGGAGCUUUGGAGAAGGAAAGGUUAGGAUUCAAGGAUGGCAAUAGCGCGAACUGGAGUUUACGUGGAUGAUUACCUCGAGUAUGCCAGCACUUUCCCUGCGGAGCUUCAGAGAUUGCUAAAUACAGUUCGCGAACUGGACGAGAGAUCUCAAUCGCUCAUAAACCAGACGAGGCAGCAAACCAAGUAUUGCUUAGGGCUUGCCUCCAAGAAGGGCAGUGGCAAUAAUAAUCAUUACAACACUGGUCUUGAUGACGACGAAACCAUUGACAAAAUGCGUAAAGAGAUUGAGUCCAGCCAGGAAAAUGCUUUAAGUUUGUGUACGGAGAAGGUCUUAUUGGCCCGCCAAGCCUAUGAUCUUAUUGAUAGUCACUUAAAACGACUUGAUGAAGAUCUCAAUAAUUUUUCUGAAGAUUUGAAGCAAGAGGGGAAGAUUCCAACAGACGAGCCUUCUGUUCUUCCUCCACUACCUAUAGUUCCUAAGCAGGAAAAGCGCAAGUCUUUUUAUGGCACACCUCAGCCUAAGAAGAUUGAUUACAGAGAUAGAGAGUGGGAUCGUGACAGGGACUUCGAGCUCAUGCCUCCUCCAGGAAGCCAUCGGAAAGACUUCACCCCUAUUGAUGAGCAGCCUAUCGAUCCUAACGAACCGACCUACUGUGUCUGCCAUCAGGUGUCCUUUGGGGACAUGAUUGCCUGUGACAAUGAGAAUUGUCAAGGAGGUGAAUGGUUUCACUAUACAUGCGUUGGCCUCACCCCCGAAACCAGAUUCAAAGGGAAAUGGUAUUGCCCUACCUGCAGGCUCCUCCCACAGUCCCAUUAGUAUCAUUCGUACUUGUGAAGGUGGCGAUGACAUCUUCUUUGGUACCUUCUCUUCUAGAAGAAUCUCCAUUUUUAUUGCAAUCAUGUCAUGUUUUAUACAAUCUCGGAUUAAUCCUAGUUUUGCAAAUACUAAGUGCUACUCUCUGCCAUCUCCUGUUACAAUGAAUUAGACUUUGGAGUCAAAUCGAGAUGUAAUAUUUGAAGAAUAUAAUGUCGAGCAAAAGCACAAUUCAAUUCAA